CAGGUAUCCGACGGUUCAGAUACUCCCAACGUGUUGACCCCUUCGGCCAUUUGCGACUGCCGCUUUGCAGAAGCAUCACGGCCGCAUCGGCGACCCCGAACUCCGCCGCCGCCCGCAGCCGCCGCCGCCUUCGCAGCCGCCGCCGCCGCCGCCUUCUUCCAGGGCAAACGAUGCUCCGCCGCGUCGCGCCAUCCCUGCGGCGAGCUAUCCUCACAUCCUCCGCCCAUGGCCGCGCGGGCGCGCAACUCACGGAGCCUGGUCUCUCGCCUCGCCACGCUCUGCUCCCGCAAUGGCGCCUUUGCUCCUCCGCGGCCUCCACGAACUCUCCCCCGCCCCCGCCGCCGCCUCCUUCUUCUCCGCCUCAGGGAACACCGCGUCCAGCAGGCGGAUCCACCGUCUCGUCGCUGAACCCUGCCGAGGUCGCCAAGUUCGCCGCCAUCGCUGAGACCUGGUGGGAUUCUGAAGGUCCAUUCAAGCCGUUGCAUCUGAUGAAUCCAACUCGACUGUCUUUUAUCCGGUCCACUCUCUGUAGACAUUUCAGGCGGGAUCCAAAUUCUUCUAAACCACUUGAAGGCCUUAAAGUUAUUGAUGUUGGAUGUGGGGGUGGCAUUCUCUCAGAGCCUCUUGCUCGGAUGGGAGCUACAGUUACUGGAAUUGAUGCUGUUGACAAAAAUAUAAAGAUUGCACGUGUCCAUGCUGCAUCCGAUCCAUCAACUGCUUCCAUAGAAUAUUUCUGCACAACAGCUGAGGAUUUGGUGAAAGAGAACAAACAAUUUGAUGCUGUGAUUUCUCUUGAGGUGAUCGAGCAUGUGGCUAAUCCCUCGGGGUUCUGUGAAUCUUUGUCAGCUUUGACAGUUCCUAAUGGGGCCACUGUGAUUUCUACAAUCAACCGCUCAAUGAGGGCAUAUGCAACUGCAAUAGUCGCUGCGGAGUAUAUUCUUAAUUGGCUUCCUAAAGGCACACAUCAGUGGUCCAAACUAGUUACCCCUGAGGAGCUGGUCCUUAUACUGGAAAGAGCUUCAAUCUCUGUACAAGAAAUGGCCGGGUUUGUGUAUAAUCCGCUGCGUGGAGAGUGGUCUCUGUCAGAUGAUCUUACUGUAAAUUAUAUUGCUUAUGGCAUGAAGAAAGUCGAAACACCCUCUGAGUCAAAUUGACCUCACAUCAUCAAAAUAUUUUCGUCGGGAACUAAAACGUGCGCCACUUGAAAAUUUUGGCAGGGAUUACAAUCAAAUAGCACACUGAAAAGUUUUGACUUCUCUUUUUGUUAAUUUCGGAAAACAGGGAGCAUGUAGUAGUGUCAUGGGGAAGCCCCACUGAGGUGUGCAAACUGCUAAGUUGAUAGCAGUGGCAACAGCUAACAAGUAAAGUAGGGGUAGCUUUGUCUCUUUGAUUGUAACUAGUAGUACUUCUUUCAAACUUUCCUUCAUAUAAAUAAGUACAUUUCAGACGAGUUCACCAAAGUUCUAGCUGCGAUUGCCCUUUUGUUAAACUAUAUGCAGAUACUGUUUCUCUUGUUAUAUAGAUGAAUUCCCUCUUUCCUUUC